AUGCAUUCCUCCCACACUCCAGACUUCAUCAAUCGUCUCAUCAGUCAAAUAGCCCAAUAUGAUGUCUGCGAGACCGAUUCUCCCACUGAGAUCGCAAAACAGACUCAAGCAUUCCCAAGCCUCUCGCCGGCCCAGCUCGUCACUCUCAAACCACUCAUGUUGACACUGCAUUGCCUUUUCCCGAACGACAUGCUGCCAGCUCUAGACAUCCUAGACCGAAAACUCGUGCGUCGGGUGAUGCGUGCAGACCGACCAACGCCCGCGAACCAAGGUGGAAGAACCUCACCUCAUGGUGGGCCCAAAGCGGCAGAAGCCAACGAGGACCUGUUCAUCGUGAUCUCAGCCUCAGUACCUCCUCGCCUAGAUGCAUCGCCCCUAAGCUCCACGCACGAUCAGGAAAAGGGCUACGAGGUUCGGCUGCGUGCCUGGAAUUGCAGCUGUCCCACAUUCACCAUCUCGGCAUACAGGGACACCCACCAAAUCUUAACACCAGCUGCAGAGGACAAACCCGAUCCUGAGAGACUCCCGAAGGGCUCUGUUGACUACCCUUUCGGCGGGACGAUGGCCCGUGGUACAGCUCGGCUGUCACCUCCUGUGUGCAAACAUAUCUUAGCCUGUAUCCUGAGUGUACGAUGCCCAGGGUUGUUUGGGGUCGAUCAGGAUGGCGGCUGUGUGAUUUCCAAAGAGGAACUAGCGGGAUGGUGUGCUGGCUGGGGUGGCUGA